CUCUUUCGUUCGUCAUGCAUUUCCUUCUGUUUGCUGUCCUGGUGUCAGCUGUUUUUGUUUCUGCAGCAGACCAUUUGGUGACCGUCGGGGACGGAGGAGCGCUGGCGUUCAACCCAACAAGUGUGACUGCUGUCCAGGGAGACACUGUCACCUUUUCAUUCCGCGCCAACAACCAUUCCGCAACCCAGUCCACGUUCGCCUCGCCCUGCACAAAAUCCGGCAUCGACUCGGGCUUUGUCCCCAUCCCGGCCAACAGCACCCUCUUUGGCCAGUGGUCGUUUACCGUCGACAACGGCUCUGCCCCGCUCUGGUUCUUCUGCGCACAGACAGGCCAUUGUGAGGCAGGCAUGGUCUUUGCCGUUAAUCCCACCCAGGAGAAGAGUUUUCAGGCGUUUUUGGAUAAUGCACAAGGCAAUGGUACUACUGCGUCCUCCACCGUGAGCGCGUCCUCCACCAUGAGCACGUCCAGGAUGGUGUCCAGCAUUAGCACGACUGCCUCGGCUUCUGCUUCCAGUACCACCCUCAACACUACUGCAGCUAGCAACCGCGCCGCCCCCAGUCUGCGCAUACAUCGCGUCGCAUUCACAGUAGUAGCUCUGAUUUUUGGUAUUCUAAUCUAGAGAAUUGUACAGGAAUAUAAUUCGACUCACUUUGACGCGUCUUCUUCUUCUUCUUCCAGGGAUAUGGCAUCGAACUGGGACCGAAUCAGUAAGGACUUGUCCGUAUCGUCCAGUGACCUCGGAGUGAUCAAGAAAAACGCGUGUCAGAAGAGGUAAAA